AUGAAUUCUUCUUCCAUCAUCACGUUUGCUCUUCUCUCUCUUCUUCUGGCACUAAACCCAAAUCCGUCAUUAGCGUCAGGACGCAACGACACAGACGACGAUACAGCCGCGAGUACCGUAACGCGGUACAGCAGAUACGUUAAAAACGCGUGCAGCAUAACGCAGUACCAAAGGCUAUGCGUCCGAACGCUAUGGCCGUUUGCAAUCGUCGCUAAAGACAACACGAGCAAGUGGGCCCGAGCUAGCGUCGCGGUGACCAUAACCGACACCAAACAGAUCCUAAGACUACUGCUCAAAUCGCGGCGUUCAGCGGUUGGGAAACGCGAGCGAGUCGCGCUUUCGGAUUGCCGAGAGCUGUUCGUGGACUCCCUCGACAGUCUAUACAAGUCGCUCGCCGUUCUCCGGAAACUGGACGCCGAUGACUUUCAGGAGCAGAUGAGCGAUCUCGCCACGUGGCUAAGCGCUUCUCUCACGGAUGAGGACACGUGUCUCGAUGGAUUUGAAGAGGCGUCGCUUAGAUCAUCGACGGUCAGGAAGAUCCGGAGGAAGGCCACCAAGUGUAUGCACUUAUCCAGCAAUGCUCUCGCUCUCCUUAACAAGCUCGCUUAUGAUGGCUUGUAA